AUGUUGCUAAACGUGGUCAAAGGACCACAGAGUUAUAAAGACCUGAAGACAGUCAAUGAGAGGGUGUGUGAAUCAUUUAAGGAAGCAUGCUAUGCAUAUGGAUUGCUAAAUGAUGAUCGCGAGUGGAGUGAAGCAAUUACAGAAGCCAAAUCAUGGGCGACUGGGCCACAACUUCGCCAGCUUUUCGUUACCAUGCUGCUGUUUUGUGAGGUCAGUAGUCCUAUUAAUUUGUGGAACGCCCAUUGGGAAGACUUCUGUGAGGAUAUUUUGUAUAGAAAGCGAAAGCUUUUCAUGUUCCCUGGAUUGCAGCUUUCAGAUGAACAGAAAAAGAACUACUGUUUAAUGGACAUUCAAGAUCUGCUCCACAAAAACGGAAAAUCCCUCGAAGAUUAUCCAGAUCUUCCAAAACUUGAUCCAGCCUUAGUAACUAAUGACGACAACCGCUUGAUAAGAGAAGAGUUGACGUACAAUCGAAUGGCUGAAGCGGCGGAGCAUGAACAGCUUUAUGCAAGCCUGAACUCUGAUCAACAUUCUAUAUAUGAGCAGGUUCUGAAAUCUGUUCACACUAAAACGGGAGGCUUCUAUUUUGUGUAUGGCCCAGGAGGUACAGGAAAGACAUUCUUAUACAAGGCAAUCAUUACACGACUAAGAUCCGAAGGAUUGAUUGUCCUGGCAGUAGCAUCAUCAGGAAUUGCUGCGCUGCUACUUCCUGGAGGUAGGACAGCACAUAGUCGGUUUGUUAUACCCGUGGAGCUUUUUGAAACCAGCACAUGUGGGAUAAAACAAAACACACAUCUGGCAGAGCUAAUGCAGCAGGUAAAACUAAUCAUAUGGGAUGAGGCACCCAUGUGUCAACGGUAUGCUUUCGAGGCACUAGACAAAUCCUUAAAAGAUAUUCUAGGUUACAAGGACCCCACAAACAGAACACGUAUAUUUGGGGGCGUGACAGUUUUACUAGGUGGAGAUUUCCGACAGAUUUUGCCUGUUAUACCCAAAGGUAAGAGACAAGAAAUUGUGCAAGCGUGCAUCAACAAGUCUGAAUUAUGGAAACAGUGUCAGAUGUUCACUCUAACACGAAGCAUGAGAGUAAAUGAGCUGACUACAUCUGGAGACAUUGACACUCGGAAGCAACAGUUUAACAAAUGGGUCCUAGAUGUCGGUGAUGGGGCUGUACCUGCAAAAGCAAAACCAGGGGAAGACGAGCCCACUUGGAUUAAAAUCCCUCAGAACUUCAUCAUCGACUAUACAACGUCUCCAAUUGAUGAAAUUAUUUCAGAGACCUUCCCAGACUUUCUGGAAAGACAAGAUGAUGAAGAAUAUUUAAGGGAAAGAGCUAUCCUGACCCCCAAAAAUGAUGAUGCGGAUGAGAUAAACGAGACUAUGCUUAACAAACUUAACCGUCCAGGCAAGACCUACAAAAGCUCGGAUGAAGUAUGCAAAGCGUCUACCGAUAGUACAGAACAAGAAUCAUUGUACCCGGUUGAGUUUUUAAACACCUUAACUUUCCCUGGUAUGCCACCACAUGAGUUGCAUGUGAAAGAAGGGCUACCAGUCAUGCUGUUGCGGAAUGUGAAUCCAGCACAGGGCUUAUGCAACGGUACACGUCUUCUGAUUACUGGGUUGGGCAGGUUCAUUAUUAAAGCCAGAAUCAUAACCGGAUCAAAGAUUGGAGACACAGCCUUAAUACCAAGAAUCACUCUGUCCUCAACAAAAAGCAAAUGGCCAUUCAUACUUAAAAGGCGACAAUUCCCGAUAAAACCGUGCUACGCCAUGACUAUUAACAAAAGUCAGGGACAAUCACUGAAUUUCGUUGGCCUUUACUUGCCGAAACCAGUUUUCAGCCACGGACAACUCUAUGUUGCUCUUUCUAGAGUAACAACACCCGAAGGUUUUAAGGUCCUCAUGAUCGAAGACAACGACACGAACCUCAAACAUCAUACAAGAAACAUUGUAUACAAAGAGGUCUUCAACAACUUAUUUAACUGA